UCUGGUCAUUAUUUUUAGGUAAUGCCUUACUCUACAGCAUGUAGCACUCCACUGUCAAACUUUGAAUCGGGACAGAAUUACAAAGAGGUAGUGGAUCCUGCAGUUAUUGUCAGCUUUCCUCUGGAUGAAAGUCCUGAUGUUUCGAUGAUAGCGUGGACAACUACACCUUGGACACUCCCCAGUAACCUUGCCCUCUGUGUGAACCCCACCUUAGAAUAUGUAAAGGUCAAAGACAUUACAACACAGAAAGUCUACAUUAUGAUGGGGGCGAGACUGGAUGCACUUUUCAAGAAACCAGAAGAAUAUACAAUAAUUGAAAAGUGAGUUAAAUAGUAGAUGUUG